CAUUUUCCAGCUCCCCAGCCUCACGAAUUUCUUCCUACACCGCGCCCUCCACCUCCCCCCUCUCCUGUCGAAUCACCUAGACGAAGAAUGACGACGGGCGCAAAUACGAUGAGAUAUUUCCACAACCUUCAAGUAUCUCGAUCCUAGAUGUCCUAUUCUUACGACCGCUACGAGCGCACCCAGCGCGGCUCCUCUUCGCGUCGAGGAACCUUCUCCUAUUGGAUCCCACUCGCGCUCACUGUCACAGUUGCGACUGUGGGAAUAGCUGCUUGGAUAUGGAGUGAACGCAGCGACGAGGAGGAUGAAUUGCCUCCACCACCAGGAGGCGACAAUGUCUAUCCUCGACCCGACUAUGGGCGGAAUCCAGAUGGCAGUGUACGCACUGGACCCCCCUCCUAUGCCGAUGUGCGUCCAGGAGAAGUGGCAUAUGGCACUGCACCGGGCCCAAGACCAGAAGAAUCCCAGAGCUAUAUGGCGCGUAUGUCUGGCGCGUUGAGGCGCACACCGAGUCCACAGCAGAUGUUUGACGGUGCCAGUCGCAGUGUGAUGGGUGGAAUUGGAGCUGUUGGGGCAGUUGUUGGAACUGCCCUCGGAAGCAUAAUGGAAGAGAACAAGGACGCAUAUAAAGAUCACAAUGCUUGGAGCGAAGAGGCAGAGGCCAGAGCUUCUGGUGCGAGCCCAUCAGCUGGUGGCCCACCAAUCGAGAUGCGAUCAGAUAGUAUCCCAGGUGUCUCAUCAGCACGAGUACCUGUGAACAAUGGAAAGAGGAAGACAGUCGCUGUUGUAGUAUCUGCAGAUACCAAUCUCGACGAUUUGGAUGAAGAUUCAGGAGAGUUCCACGAACAUGCUUCUAUCCUUUCUCACCUUCCUCGAAAUACAGACUUCUCCAAAAUCCGUCUCUUCGUUCUCAUCUACGCCCCUGGAUUGAAAGAGCAUCCACUCGAUGCAGUUGCAAGACCUCCUGGUUCUCUUAGCUCAUCAUUUUCCAAUAUUUCGCACCCACAAGCACAGACACCAGGCGAAGAAGCUGAAAAGCUUUUAUCAUCCAGCUCUUCCUCUCCUGCCUUCAAUGCCGUAUAUUCGGAAGCUCUUAGUCUAGUCGAGAAGGAGACUAUGGUCUUGCCCUUCACAACCCCUACCGGACAUGUUCAUAUCCUACGUCACUUGAAUCCAGAUAUUGUGUAUCUACAAGAAUCACUUGCUGGUGACAAUGGCGAUGCUAUCACGCAUCUACAGAGUUGGCUUCGACAAGAUGUUGUACUGGUUGUGGGAGCAGAUGGAGGGCAUGGAGGUCUCGCAGACAGCGAGAGCGAAGCCGAGAACGUUGAGAAGAAGUCCCAACAGUGGUGGGAAAGAGAAGACCGAGUCGGCAGAGGACGAGGGAUCGCAGUGGUUGAGGGACUAAGAGUUGGCGAUGACUGGAGAAGGAGGAUUGAAAAUAGGGAAUGAUUCGAUGACUUUUUUCUGCUAGGAAAACAAGACGUGUAUGAAGUUUACGCACAUGGGUUUCAUAUUCCUGCAUAUAUGAUGAUUUUUGCAAUUUAGGUAUGCGUGUGUUUAGAGCGUGGAAGUAAAGAAGGGCUGAACGAAUACGACAGGAAGAUUCAACGUAUUCAUUCCCCAUAGAACGUGGUAGGAAUGCAUCAAGGAGAAGAAGUCUGUAUGGAAUGCAAAUGUUGCAAUUUUUGUUGCCAUCCCUAAUAGAGAUAUAUCCUUUCUAGACCUGAC